AGCUGCACCGCCCGCGGUUUUCUGAGUUUAGCUGGAGUUUUCCUCCCAGAACUGGAGAAACAUGGGCGUAUGAAUGAUCUCCUCUCCCGGAUGGAGCCCGGCCGGCCCCGGGGUAGCUUUGCGUGCUCUCCGGGUGGGGAGGGGCAUGGGCCACCCUUGGAUUCCGGCGCCGGGAAUCCCGCGCUGGCGGGGACGGAUAGGUUCCUAUCAGCAACAAGUGGGAACUUGACAUCUCAGACCGGAGAGAAUGUGGAUCGCCAGUCGUGGGUCAGAGAGAAAGUGCUCUUUCUUCUGCACCCACAGAGGUGUUUGGGAACACAAGCGGACCCUGCUUGUGGAGGGCUGGUGGAUAGCGAGGACCUUCCCCGGUCGUUUGGAGACCACCGCUAUUCCGAACCGAAUCCGAAGCCUUCCCGCAGGCGCAUUGCCACGGCCCCCCGAGGCCAGCCCCGGGACCCCGAAGCCACACCCAGGUCGGUGUUGGUGCGGGUCGUGGAUUACCAGGUGACGCAGGAGGUGCUGUGGACCGCAUGGACCAAGGGGAGUAUGACCACAAGGACCGAGGAGCGCUCUGUGACCGCAGUCACCUUUCGGACCCAGAGGGAGUGACACAGCUCAUGGGGCACCGGAGCCCCAGCCAAACCCAGAUCGCUCCAAAGACCUAAUGCUCGAAGGAAAUUAAACACACAGAUCUCUGGAGCCUGAGAAAUGUUCCAGGACAUUGGAUGCGGGAAAAUGCUUGAGGAACAAAUUUUAAGCAGCCUGAGAUGUCCUCUGUGGCUUACGUGUCUCACAGUGGUUAAAGAGAAGAAAAGGUAUCUUUUACAUUGCUGGUAAGUGGGAGUUUGAAAGCG